AUUUUAUUUGUAUGUUGUACAAUCAAAUUUUUUUAAAUUCGUAAAAGCCGUUACACUUUCGUUACCGGUAGCCUGUGAAGUUGUUGUGGAUUGUCUCUUUUGAAAUUUUGCCUUUUUAACUUAAGUGUUUGUGUGUGUUUUUAUUAUUUGACGAUGCCAACAGAAAAAGAUAACGAUUCUGUUCAAGUAGCAGUUCGAAUCCGUCCCUUAAUCGAUAGCGAAAUUGGUCGGGGAUGUAGAGACAUUUUAGAAGUAUUUCCCGCAAUACAUCAAAUAAGGAUUAAAGAUUCUGACCGUGCAUUUACAUUUAAUCAUGUUUGUGACAGUAUGACUUCCCAGAUGUUAUUCUAUGGCAUGUGUGUCAAGCCUUUAAUUGAUAACUUGUUUAAAGGAUACAAUGUGACCAUCUUAGCAUAUGGACAGACGGGAUCUGGGAAAACUUACUCAAUGGGAACAGCGUAUGAUGGCGAUACAGACGGCGGAAUAAUUCCUCGCGCUGUCAAUGACAUUUUUAACUAUGCUAAUGACAACUUCGCAUACGACUUUCAUAUUACGGUUUCCUUUAUGGAAUUAUAUCAAGAAGUUUUAUACGAUUUGCUCACUGCGAAAUCAAGAGAGCAAUCUGUUGUGGAAAUUAGGGAAGACCCAAAAGGAGCCAUAAUUAUUCCUGGUCUCACGGCCGAACCUGUUAAGUCAGCUUCUCAGGCUUUGGACUUGCUACUAAAAGGUUCAAAGGGUAGGGUAACGGGUUCGACAAACAUGAACACACAAAGCUCUCGCAGCCACGCCAUUUUCACCAUAAAUAUCUUGAUGCAGCAAAAAAGUGAUAGUAAUAUGAAUAAGACUGCCAAAUUUUAUUUGGUCGAUCUCGCUGGGUCCGAGCGAUCGAAAAAGACUGGCGCAACAGGUGUGGCGUUUCGAGAGGGCGUCAAUAUUAAUAAAGGAUUGCUGGCAUUAGGCAAUGUCAUUUCCGUGUUGGGAGGUGAUAAACAACAAUCCUAUGUUAGCUUUCGGGACAGUAACCUAACUAGGCUUCUAAAAGAUUCCUUGGGUGGUAACAGUAUUACACUAAUGAUUGCCUGUGUGAGUCCGGCGGAUUACAAUUUGGAUGAGACUAUUUCAACCUUGCGUUAUGCAGAUCGAGCGAGACAAAUAAAGAACAAACCAGUAGUGAAUGAAGAUCCAAAAGCGGCCGAGAUCAAUCGACUUAAUAAACUGGUUGCGCAGCUGAGAUUGGAAUUAAUUGGUCAAGGUGGUCCCAUCAUUUGUCAGGCAGAGCUUGAACAACUGAAAAAAGAUAACGAGCUCUAUAAAACUAAGAUAAGGGCUUUAACUGAGCAAUUAUCAACAAUUCUGGGUGAUAAGACGACUCUCUUCGAAAGAGUGAUGCUAUUACAGGCGGCAAAUGAAAGAAUAACCCAAAAAUUGCGCCAAUUGCAGGACGAAUAUAACACCACUAUUAACAAUCUCUGCGUGGAUGACAUAAGCUCCGAAGUUCUUAAAGAACAAGUGACAAAGUUGCACUCGAUUCAAAACUUAUUUUCGGAGUUGUACUCGGAAACUCAAAAAAGUGACGAAGAAAUUCGCAAGCACGAGCGUUGCUUCACCAACGCGAGUUCUGAGCAAGCGAACUUGGUUGUCUCCGAAAGUGAAUUUUGCAAGAGACAAGAGAGCCACACAAAACAACAGUUGGCCUUGAAUGUUGAACUCCAACAACUCACAAAAGAGUUGGCCAUGAAGGAAUAUUUGGCUGAGCAAAUGUUGAUCAAUAACAACCACAUUAUUGAUUAUGACGCGGUUACCGAAAAUGAGAAUAAAGUUGCAGCACUACAAAAAGAACGAGAUGACCUGUUACAACAACUGAAAAAUGUUCAAGCGAACGAGGGGGGCAAGAAGAUCGCAGAACUUAGAAGAAAGCGUGUUCAAGAACUUGAAAGAGAGAUUCAAGAUCUGCACAAAAAGAUCACCGAACAAGCACGAUUAAUAAAGCUGAAGCAAAAAGACGAACAGAAGAUAAUUGUAUUAAACAACGAAAUACAGCAAAUGAAAUCGAAUAAGGUAAAGCUAAUCAAAAAUAUGAAACAAGAAUCUGAGAAAUUUAGGUCGUGGAAAGUGGAACGCGAGCGCGAACUGCUCAAACUGAAAGAGCAAGAUCGUAAACGCUUAAAUCAAAUUGUCAAAAUGGAAACCAUUCACAGUAGACAGCAGAACGUGUUAAAAAGAAAGGUCGAAGAAGCGGCCGCCAUUAACAAACGUUUGAAGGACGCCCUGGCGUUGCGGAAGAAUGUACAGGAUCAGAAGAGUUCGGGCAAAAUUGAAAAGAUCGAGUUGUGGCUGCAGCAAGAAUUGGAUGUCGUCGUCAAUACCGCUUUUGCCGAAGAGACGCUGACGCAUUUGUUGGAAGAUCGUGCGACGUUACAAAAGCAGUUGGACAGUUUGAAAGAAUUGUGCUCUAUGGGAGAUAGUGAUGAAAUUCGGCAACUGCAAGACGACAUUGAUUUUCGCUGUACACAGAUUCAGGAUCUUCAACAGAAAGUAUUGGAUUCAGAUCAAGAAAAUAAGUCUCGUACGCGUUGGGAAAACGUACAAACGAUGGGCGACGCAAAAUCUGCUCUCAAGGUAUUAUUCGACAUGGUUGCGAAUAAAGGACAGCAAGAGUUAGGCUCCGUAAACAAAUAUAAGGACUUGGAACGGAAUUUGCAGGACAUACAAGAAAAAUGUGCAUCUUUGGAAGAGGAAAAAAAACAUUGGGAAUUGGAGCAUCGUCACGACUUGGCGCAAUUGGCUAAAGAAUACGAGGAGAAAGUGUCUGUAUUGCUAAGACAAUUAAGGCGAAUGCCUCUGCAGGACAUUAAUGAAGAAUAUAAGGAACGUUAUAAUAUUCAGCAAUUAGAAUUAGAAAAACAUGAAGAGGAAAUUGAGAAAUUAAAACAAAUGCUAGAGCAAUCCGAAGCCGAACGCAAGCACUCUGAAGAACUAUUACUACAACAAGUAAAAGACAAUGACGAGAUGCGCUAUCGUUUAGAUGAAAUUAAGGAACAUGCUGAGACUGUGUUUGAAAAUACCGCAGAAGAAAAGCAAAAAAGAAGUAACGGUGGUAAAGAUACACUAAACAUCACGGUUGAGGAUGACAUAGAGAACGACCCUGACUGGAGAAAAACGCCAUUGGGAAAACGUGUUCAAAGCAUACGCAAUUUAUCUAUGGCAGUUCUACAAGCGCCAAGAUUGACAGAAAAAAGAAACUACGAAGGAGGAUGUAAUUGCAAAGGAACUUGCAGCAAAAGAAAUUGUGGCUGUAAGCGGGCAAGUGUCACUUGCUCCUCUCAGUGCAAAUGUUCGACAGACUGUGUGAAUCAAGGCACCAGUGAAAAUGAGCAGUCGGUAGAAGAUACUUUCGGAGACAAUUUUAAAAGGCCAAGAUCCAUUAAUGACAGUACGACCGAUAGUGCUGUGAAUGAUGAGAGUCGAAUAAAUUUUCGUCCACGAAGAACAAAAAAAGUAUUUCCUAGUUUAGUACGUGAUUAAUUGUAAAUAUAUUUUAUGUAAAUUAUUUUUAUAUAGUAAAGUCGAUUUCAACUUUA